UCUCACAUGACUACAAAAUACCCACACACUUCCUUAAUGAAUGUCACACUCUUCCGCGGAUUUCCCUUAAUUUACGCUCAACUUUACUGUAUGUUAAGCAGUUAAAGAAAAAGUUGUUAUUACAUAAUGUGUCGGAAUGUGCAACAUCAUAUCCUCCAGUCUUUGUGCGGUGCUCUCGGUGAAGACGAACAGUGAGGGGGAUACUCUCUGCUUUCAAGGGUCGGGCACCUGCUCUUGGAGUAUACGUUUUGCCAAUACACCUUCGGGCACCUUCUCGUGGAGUAUACCUGCAGCUCACAAGGGCCAGACAUCUGCUCCUUGAGUGUACGUACAGUGAACACGCGUCGGCCACCUGCUGGUGGAGUAUACGUCGAGCAUAUAAGACUUGGAGACCUGCUCCUGAAGCAUAAAAUGGCCAGACCCCACCUCUGAGAAUACGUGCAUCAUAUUGGUCAGCAUACUUGGGUACGUACCCUUGAAGUGCACGUGAAGCCAUACAAGGGCCAGAUACCCCGACCCCACGCCAGCCCACCCCAUCCCAUCCUUGAGUAUACGUGGGGCAUCCCGUAGGCUCACCGACCUGCUCCAGGAGUAUAUGUACAUAAUAGUGAUCAGAUUUUCUACAUCUUGGAGCCAUCAUUGUGACACAUUGAGGUCGUCCUGAUUCCAUGGCAACUUGCUUCGUGUCUGUGAUGGGCAACGAGUUCUUAGCGUUAGUGUCAGUACUGACGGCGGUAUUACAUGCGAUGGGUCUGUACAGCCGUCACUGGAGCGUCCUUAUCCAAGACCACAGACGUUUGGACGGGGGGAUGACAGGGGCGUGGCACGACCAUCGCCACUUCGGCGGAGAGCAGCGGUUUGAAGGGCUGUGGCGGACAUGCGUGAAGAACACAACGGGCAUUGUUGACUGUUUGACCAUACGUCAUGUUCCAGGAUGGCUGUUGUGUGUGCAGAUCCUGGUAUGCCUGAGUUUCGGGGGAGCCUUGCUGUCGGCGCUGAUGAAGCUGCUCUACCACUUCAACCCCUUCUGCAACAGUCGAAGAAUUGUUGCCGGCUUCGUCAUGAUGUCCUUCCUUGAUGCAUUCAUGCUGCUGUCUGCUGUCAGCAUCUACGCCACAAACUACGGGGAACGUUACAUGUUGUCGUUGUCGUCGCUGCAUCACCUUGUCUGUCGGCUGUCAUGGAGCUUUGUCAUCGAGACCAUCGCAAUGGUGUUCAGUGUAGCCUCGGGAUCCCUUGCCCUGUGUACUAUCAGAAGGGAAUACACAGAAAUAUGACUCAAGUCCCCGUCCCUGGAGUGUUCUCCCUUUGUACAGAGGACAUUACAACACAAUGGACGGUCCCGUCACGCACCUGCUGUUCAGAGCAUGUAGAUUAUGUUAAUCAUUAAUAAACACUUGAUGUAAAUAGACUAUAUUACCAUACUGGCAAGUUGUUCCUACUCUACCUGUAUGACUCAGUUGAUAGACAGGUAGUAAGAUGGAGUGCUGGGGAACUGGGCGCACUUGCACAAAGCAAUCGUAGCACUAAGGCUAUAGUAAGUCUAUAUUAAAGUAUGGUAGUUACGAUCACUAAGAUCACUUUGUGCAAGGGGAGGCUUGUCAAACAUGUCAGUAUUGCAGCAGUUGAUGUUAAUAUCUGUGCAAGAUUGAUCAAUGCUUAGAUGCAUCAUCAGAUUCCAUGUGGCCCCAAGAUGGAUAAUCGGAAUUAUCGCUGAUGGGAAGAAAUAUUAACCAUUAUGAUAUGAAAAUUGUGUCAUCUUAAUAAUAUCUCACACAACUUUUGUUAUGAAAUAAAGUUUUCAUUUACCUAA